UACGCUCAAAAUGUUCUUGAAUUCUCUAAGCGAUCAUAAUGGUAUCAAACCGCCAUAAUGCAUCAUUAUCUUCCUCAGAGAAGAAACGUCUCCGAGACAGGAGAGCUCAAGAAAAUCUUCGAAAGAAACGAGAGAACCGUAUCAAAUACCUCGAAGAACGGGUGGAAUUUUGUGAGACGCAUCAUGGAACUUCAUUAAUGCAGCAGCUGCUCACGGCUGUCGAUAGCCUUCGUCGGGAAAAUGAGCUGCUGCGAGCUCGACAGGACCGAUUGCGGAACAUGAUUGUGUCCUGGGAUGCAGAUGAGAUUGGAGUAGUCUCGUCGGUGACAUCCCAGCAACCGCGACGGUUGGAGAAUGCAGGGCUUGACAUCAGUCCAAGGACUGCAUGUCAGUGCGAUCAGGCGGAAAAAGGAUUAGCAGCGACUCCAAAUUUAGUUGCCAACGUCGAGAUACCAGAUCUUAUUGCUCAGAAUGAGAUCUUCACUCGAACGACAGGACUGACUCUGGAGUAUGCUGGGACUGGCCCUGGACUUGGUCAUCUGAACAGCGUACAAGAUGUUGCAGCCGCUGGACCAAGCAUACUGCCAUCUAUUCAACUGCCCGAAUUGCCUCAUUCUUCCGCUAUCCAGGCUCUGCCUAGCACUGUUCCCGCUUGGUGUCUGGUCCCAAUGAACGAGUACGGGCAUGAUCCGUCCCUGGUACCAGCCACAUCACCAUGGCUCACUCGUCCGGACCUCGUCAUUGCUUGUCCGCCCGUCCCAGCCCCAUUGGACCUCCUCCACGGGACUCGGCGCAACUACUUGGCCAACGAGAUCCACCGUGCAAUUCGACGGCGAGCGAUUCGCGACGCGGAAUGUGUCGCACUGGGCUGGCUGACUUAUGUCUACAGUAAAUGGCGCGUCUCUCCCAACCCCGCGACAUUUGCGCGCCUGGCACCUUUCCAACAACCACUCAUGACGCAGAUCCAGCAGGGUCACCCGAUAGCUUUGGAUUUCAUAAAUUUGCCGCAGCUGAGGGUCAAUAUCAUCAGGAACUGGACCAAGUACGACUACACCGAACUCACUGGUUAUCUGUGCUGUUGCACCAAAGUGCGCUGGCCCUGGGGUAAGGAUGUGCUGGAGCGUGAUGCGGAUGAUAAUCUGCAGAUUCGUCAGGAGUUUUUCGAAGUGUUUACCCGUGAGAGCGGAUGGGGCUUGACGUCGGAGUUUAUUGAUAAAUACCCGGAGCUGAUGGAGGGGCUGGAUGUCGAGGCUUUACGGUUUCGGAUGAUUCCUCCUAGCGAGGUAGAGUGAUCAGCUAUGGCACGUUUGGAUUUCGGAGUUAAGAACUCCUGCUCCCAAGAGCUCGAAGUUUAGCCUGAUCACUCCGUGCGUAUCUAGAGCUCAAGCUCAAUCAAUGGCAACUUCAUCGUUUAUGAUAAACAAGGGGGCUCUUAUUGUCUUAUUGACCAGAGAAAUAAAUGUCAAGCUUCUUGAGCAUUAUGUCCUCCCUCUCACAAUGAGC